AUGCCCGCCUACCAUUCAUCCUACAACGAAGACCCAGACCCACGUGUAAUCGGGAAUAUGUCCAUGCUUCCCAUCCGUUCCCGAACGCGUGGACCUGCCCCUCCCCCCAUCGACCCAUCUCGUCCUGACAUUAUCGACGAAUCCAUCGACCUUUUCCGUGCCAACUCUCUCUUUCGUAACUUCGAAAUCAAAGGUCCUGCCGAUCGUCUUCUUAUCUACCUCAUCCUUUUCAUUUCGGAUUGUCUCACCAAAAUCGCAUCGAGCAAAAUCCCUUGGACUACAAACGAGGCGAACAAACAGUUGCAAACCUAUGCAGUGGACGCUUUUGCUCUGCCAGGAGACGCGAAUUUCCCUCUCAACUCCCUUUAUGCCCCGCCUGCGGGUAGGGCCGAGGCGGAUCAGUUGAGAGGUUAUCUCACUCAGCUCAGGCAAGAGACGGCAGCAAGAUUGGUGGAAAAGGUGUUUGCCGAUGGUACGCCGAGUAAAUGGUGGUUGGCUUUUACCAAGAGACGGUUCAUGGGCAAGAGCUUGACCUAA